ACCUGGACAUAUCGCACCGCGACGGAGAAGAUGACUAAAUACAUAUUGAAAAAACCGUAAACUACAAAAAUAGAAGUAAUGAAUCUUUGUACAAGUACCAUAAAUUAUACAACUUCUUGCAUGUUGUUGUGACUGUGGACAAGAAAUGGCGACUGAUAUUGCGGUGAUUCAUAACGGUUCAGUGAGCAAUAAUGCUAAUGGAUGCUGCAAGAAUGGACCCGGAUAUGCCACCCCACUUGAGGCCAUGGCUGGUCCCAGAGAGAAACUUAUCUAUGUUACUUGUGUUUACUCUGGAACUGGAAGAGAGAAGCCUGAUUAUCUAUCCACAGUGGAUGUAGAUCCUACCUCAUCUACCUAUUCAAAAAUUAUCCACAGGCUGCCUAUGCCAUAUGUUGGUGAUGAACUUCAUCAUUCUGGAUGGAAUUCGUGCAGCUCUUGCCACGGAGAUUCAUCUGCGCAACGACGUUUUCUGGUCUUGCCUUCUUUGGUAUCUGGUCGCAUUUAUGCAGUUGACACACUGAAAAAUCCAAAGGCGCCCUCUUUGCAUAAAGUCGUUGAACCUGCAGAAAUUGUACAGAAAACAGGAUUAGCAUAUCCACACACAGCCCAUUGCCUGGCUUCUGGUGAUAUAAUGGUGUCAUGCAUUGGAGAUAAAGACGGAAAUGCUGAGGGAAAUGGUUUCCUUCUUCUUGACUCAGAAUUCAAUGUGAAAGGAAGGUGGGAGAAACCAGGGCAUAGUCCUCAAUUUGGCUAUGAUUUCUGGUACCAACCGCGGCAUAAGACAAUGAUCAGCUCAUCAUGGGGAGCACCUGCAGCUUUCACCAAAGGUUUCAACCUUCAGCAUGUCUCAGAUGGUCUCUAUGGAAAGCAUCUGUAUGUAUACAGCUGGCCAGAGGGUGAAUUAAAACAAACAUUGGAUCUUGGCAGUUCUGGAGUCAUUCCCCUGGAGACAAGGUUCCUGCAUGAUCCCUCUAAAGAUACAGGGUAUGUUGGGUGUGCCUUAACAAGUAACAUGGUGAGAUUUUUCAAAACCCAAGAUGGAUCAUGGAGCCACGAGGUGGCUAUAUCAGUGGAACCAUUGAAGGUGCAAAAUUGGAUACUUCCUGAAAUGCCUGGACUUAUAACUGACUUUCUGAUCUCUCUUGAUGAUCGAUUUCUUUACUUUGUGAACUGGCUUCAUGGAGAUAUCCGACAGUAUAACAUCGAGGACCCAAAAAAUCCUGUAUUGACAGGUCAAGUAUGGGUUGGCGGGCUGAUUCAAAAAGGAAGCCCAGUAGUGGUUGUGAAAGACAAUGGUGAAACAUGGCAGGCUGAUGUUCCAGAGAUCCAGGGACAUCGUUUGAGAGGUGGACCUCAGAUGAUACAGUUAAGUUUGGAUGGAAAGCGGCUCUAUGCUACCAACUCACUUUUUAGUGCGUGGGAUCGCCAAUUCUAUCCUGAACUCAUGGAGAAGGGAUCCCACAUGUUACAGAUUGAUGCUGAUACUGAGAAGGGUGGUCUGGCUAUAAACCCAAACUUCUUCGUGGACUUCAAAGCUGAACCUGAUGGUCCUUCCCUAGCCCAUGAGAUGAGGUAUCCUGGUGGUGACUGUACUUCAGACAUAUGGAUUUAAGCAUCCUAAAACUUUCAAGCAAUGAAAAGGUUUCUGAACUGUCUUGGGAGAAAAUAACAAUUUAGCAAAUAAAUGUAGAUUUUAGCCGUCAUCUUGAGGCAGAUUACAAAUUGAUGGAUGUGUUUAUUAUGCUAGUAAUAAAAGUCGGUCUGUUUUACUCAGGAAUGAUAGUUCCAUAUCAGCUCAGAUGACAAUUAGUGCUGGUAAAUAAAACUGCCCAGUCGCUUUGAGCAACUGGUGCUAGUAAGUAGUAAUAAAAGAUACUUUCAUAACAUUUUAA